AUGUCGUUCGGCAACGCCGUUGCCAGUGACUCCAAGAGCGCAACCGUGAACACGUCUCCCACCGAGAUCCUCGUCAAGUCCGACCAGCAAGUCAGCGACGCCUUACUACGUACCGUCCAGCGUACCGUCAACACCGCCAACCGCCCCCGCAAUAUCCGCACCGGCUGCAUCCUCGGCAUGGCUGCUGUGUUCGGCACCCUCCUCUAUCUCGACCGCGGCCGCGACGCCGCCACAGCCUACAUCAACCGCCUGAACAAGGAGGCAGAGAUUGCAAAGGGCAAGGCAGAGAUCGAGGCAGAGAUUGCAAAGGCAAAGGUGGAGAUCUUGAGGGCCGAGGCGGAGAAGAUUCGAGCAGCAACGCGCGCUUCCCUGGCAGGAAUGUAG